CCUGUGAUGAUUGGCCAAGCUUCAAGUGAGAUUUGUUUAAUGUAUCGUUUGAUGGUAAACAAAUCUAUACACACAAAUGUGCAGUAUUCUGGAUUGGCCACUGAAGUCCGCAGUGGACGUGGGAAAGUACCAGUUGCUGAUUACAAAGUCGUUAAGUAUAUUAAAGGAGAUGAUGUGGAUACAACCUUUAAUCCAGGGACUGUGAGGCGUGGUUGUUAUUCCUUCUGCAUGUGUCCUGGUGGGCAGGUUGUUCUUACCAGUACAAAUCCAUCAGAACUAUGUAUCAAUGGCAUGUCAUUUUCUCGACGUGCAUCGAAGUGGGCAAAUGCAGCUCUCGUUGUUACUGUCUCAUCUAAGGAUUUUGAUGCUCUAAAUUUCCAUGGACCUCUUGCUGGAGUUGAGUUUCAGAGGGAAUUUGAGCGAAGAGCUGCUACAAUGGGAGGGGGCAAUUUUGUGGUGCCUGUGCAAACAGUUACUGAUUUUCUGGAAAAUAAGUUGUCUGGAGCAUCUGUUCCGCCGUCAAGUUAUCGAUUGGGAGUGAAGGUAGCCAGCCUCCAUGAAUUGUUCCCCAAUAAUAUAACGGAGGCUUUACAAAAUUCACUCUCAAUGUUUGACAAAGAGUUACCAGGAUUCAUCUCCAAUAAUGCUCUUCUUCAUGGAGUAGAG